AUUUUCUUUUUUUUUUCUCAAAUCUGAUUCAAAGACUUCGUACGCUUGCUACUUAUUGGAUGAGCUGGGACGACAUGUUCAUUGAAUUCAUACAUGUAGGAGAUGAUGAACUAUAUGGAUGGAUAUCUUGACCAGUUCAAUGAAUAUACAAUUCAAGGCUCAUUUCCUACCUUACAUGCCUGCCAACUAAUAUGACCUACUGCACUUCUGCCAAAGCUUCUUGCCUUCGAAGGAGGAAGAAGAAGAUGAUGAGCAGCUAAGAAGAAUUCGGCAACAUCUCCAUGAACUCUCCAAAAAUGGAGCUUUCUCCAUGGCUUGUGUUCUCCUUGGGUUUCCUUGCGCAGGCUCUCGUCAUCUUGGCUGACACGAAUGCACAAGACGCUUCUGGGCUGAAUGGGAUUCAAGAUUCCUGGAACAAGAAGCCAUCAAACUGGAGGGUGGGCACUGACCCAUGUGGAGAUAAAUGGAACGGGAUAAGCUGCACCACAAGCCGGGUCACGGCUAUAAGACUCUCGAGUUUAGGAUUGUCAGGAUCCCUUUCAGGCGACAUCCAGUCCCUGUCCGAAUUGCAGACCUUGGAUUUCUCCUACAACAAGGACUUGGGCGGUCCUCUUCCUGCGUCCAUCGGAAGCCUGAGUAACCUCGAAAACCUGAUUCUUGUCGGUUGCAGCUUUUCUGGAGAAAUACCGAAAGAACUCGGACAGCUCACCAAGCUUAGAUUUUUAUCUUUGAACUCAAACAAGUUCAGCGGUUCCAUUCCGGCAUCACUCGGAAGGCUCUCGAAUCUAUACUGGUUUGAUCUGGCUGACAAUAAGCUCUCCGGAGGACUCCCGGUGUUCGACGGCACGAAUCCCGGGCUGGAUAACCUGACAAAUACAAAGCACUUCCACUUCGGGGUCAAUCAGCUCUCAGGAACAAUACCGAGCCAGAUUUUCAACUCAAAUAUGACGCUGAUACAUGUGCUUCUUGACAACAACAACUUCACCGGACGCAUUCCUCCUACUCUGGGCCUUCUCAAUACACUAGAAGUCAUGCGUUUUGAUAACAACUACCAGCUGACUGGGCCGGUUCCUAGCAACAUCAACAACCUCACAAAACUUGCAGAGCUCCAUCUGGAAAACAACCAGCUGACUGGUCCACUGCCAGACCUCACAGGGAUGAUCGCGCUCAGUUUUGUGGACAUGAGCAACAACAGCUUCAAUGCAUCUGGUGUUCCUUCCUGGUUCACCACUCUGCCAUCUUUGACCUCACUGUACCUUGAAAACCUGCGUGUCACAGGGCAGCUGCCCCAAGCCCUGUUCAGCCUUCCUGCAGUUCAGACACUAGUUUGCAGGAGGCUCCGGGGAAACCGUUUCAACGGCACGCUAACUAUCGGAUCAGACUACAGCACUCAGCUCCAGCUAAUCGAUCUGCGAGACAACCAAAUCAGCCAGAUAACUGUCGGCGGAUCACAGUACAACAAGCAGCUCAUACUAGUCGGGAACCCCAUCUGCAGCCCGGGGACGGGGAGCAGCGAGAAAUACUGCGCGUCGCCGGGGCAGUCCAACCAGGCGGCGCCGCCGCCGUACAGCACCCCGAUGAACUGCUCGGGGCUGCCGCCGCCGUGCCUCUCGGACCAGCUCGUGAGCCCAGGCUGCGUCUGCGCCGUGCCCUACAGGGGCACCCUGUUCUUCAGGUCGCCGUCCUUCUCUGACCUCAGCAACGGCUCGUACUGGGGCCAGCUGGAGACCGGCAUCAGAGCCAAGUUCCGGAGUCUCAGCGUCCCCGUCGACUCGGUUGCGCUCCACGAUCCGUCCGUCAACUCGGUCAACAACCUGCAGCUCGCGCUGGAGGUGUUCCCCAGCGGCAAGACCCAGUUUAGUGAGCAGGACAUCUCUGACAUCGGGUUCAUACUCAGCAACCAGACGUAUAAGCCACCCUCAGUAUUCGGUCCGUACUAUUUUCUUGGCCAGCCGUACAGCUUUGCCAAUGUGGUGCUAAUACCUUCCAAAUCGAAGGCGAACAACCGCUUACCUCUGAUCGUCGGAGCCUCGGUGGGUGGAGCGGUUCUUGUUGCAAUAGUUCUUGCUCUUGUUACCAUCGUCGCAAGGAGGAAGAAGAGACCAAAGCAGAACGAAGAGAGGAGCCAGUCUUUUGUUUCUUGGGACAUGAAGAGCACGAGCGGCAGCAGCGUCCCCCAGCUGCGCGGCGCGCGCACGUUCAACUUCGACGAGCUGAGGAAGAUCACCAGCAACUUCUCGGAGGCGAACGACAUCGGCAACGGCGGCUACGGGAAGGUGUACAGAGGGACCCUGCCUAGCGGGCAGCUGGUGGCCGUGAAGAGGUGCCAGCAGGGGUCCCUGCAGGGGAGCCUCGAAUUCAGGACGGAGAUCGAGCUGCUCUCCCGGGUGCACCACAAGAACGUGGUCAGCCUAGUGGGCUUCUGCCUGGACCAGGCGGAGCAGAUCCUCGUCUACGAGUACGUCCCCAACGGCACGCUCAAGGAGAGCCUCACGGGCAAGUCCGGCGUGCGUCUGGACUGGCGGCGGCGCCUCCGGGUGCUGCUCGGCGCCGCCAAGGGCAUCGCCUACCUCCACGAGCUAGCCGACCCGCCUAUCGUGCACCGCGACAUCAAGUCCAGCAACGUCCUCCUUGACGAGCGCCUCAACGCCAAGGUCUCCGACUUCGGCCUCUCCAAGCCCCUCGGAGAGGACGGCAGGGGACAAGUCACCACGCAAGUCAAGGGCACGAUGGGCUACCUUGAUCCUGAGUACUACAUGACGCAGCAGCUUACGGACAAGAGCGACGUGUACAGCUUCGGCGUGCUGAUGCUGGAGAUGGCCACGGCGAGGAAGCCGCUGGAGCGCGGCCGGUACAUUGUCAGGGAGAUGAAGGUGGCGCUGGACCGUACCAAGGACCUGUACGGCCUGCACGACCUGCUGGACCCGGUGCUGGGCUCGUCGCCGUCCGCGCUGGCCGGGCUGGAGCAGUACGUGGAUCUGGCGCUGCGCUGCGUCGAGGAGGCCGGCGCCGACCGGCCAUCGAUGGGCGAGGUGGUCGGCGAGAUCGAGCGGGUGCUCAAGAUGGCCGGCGGCCCGGGGCCCGAGUCCGCGUCCAACUCCAUGAGCUACGCCAGCCGGACGCCGCGUCACCCCUACGGCGGCGACAGCCCCUUCGACCACAGCAACAGCGGGUUGCCGUCCGCGAGGGUUGAGCCCAAGUGAAUCUACAGCGCGCGCCGCGAGUACAUGCGGAAAAGCUUCACUCUUCAACAAAAGCUAGCUCUGAAUGUACAGGGUAUUGUAAUUAUUAGUGUUAUAAUUUUGGUUACUAUGAUAGGUGUGCGAUUGGAUUAAGAACUGAUUUCUUGAUAACGAUUGUUUACAUGAUAAUUUUGGUUGCUAUGUAUUUAAGAUAGAUAUGCAAUUGGAUUGUUGACAUGCUAAUAUAUUUCAUGUAUGUCAUCAAAUACACAAAUGAUUAUUUA